AUGAGCGAAAUUCCGGCAAUUGAGCUGCGCAAGAUCAACAAGAGUUUUGGACCGGUUCAUGCCAACAAGGACAUUGAUCUUGUUGUGAAAAAAGGGUCCAUCCACGGGAUCAUAGGAGAAAAUGGCGCGGGCAAGUCGACGCUCAUGUCAAUUCUCUACGGGUUCUAUCAUGCUGAUGACGGCGACAUAAUCAUCAAAGGCAAGAAAGUGACGAUCGCGGACUCCAAGGCCGCCAUCGGCAUGGGGAUCGGCAUGGUUCACCAGCAUUUCAUGCUGGUCGACAAUUUUUCGGUUCUGGAAAACGUGGUUCUCGGCGCGGAGGACAGUGCGCUGCUGGCAGGCGGGCUGUCGCGUGCGCGCACCGAAUUGAAGCGUCUGGACGAAGAAUAUGAGCUGCGCGUCGACCCGGAGGCCCUCAUUCAGGAUCUGCCCGUCGGUCUGCAGCAACGUGUUGAAAUAUUGAAAGCACUCUACCGCAGUGCCGAGGUUCUGAUCCUUGACGAACCGACCGGUGUUCUCACACCGGCAGAGGCGGACCAUCUGUUCAAGAUCCUCGACGUUCUCAAGAAUCAGGGAAAGACUGUCCUGUUGAUUACGCACAAGCUGCGCGAAAUCAUGGCUGUCACCGACACGGUGUCCGUCAUGCGCCGCGGCGAGAUGGUGGCGACCAGGGAGACGGGGAAUACCUCCAUGGAAGAACUGGCCGAGUUGAUGGUUGGCCGGUCGGUUCUGCUGCGUGUCGACAAGGAGCCGGCGCAACCGGAAGCGCCGGUCAUGGAAGUUGAAAAUCUCACGGUCACUGACAGCCGUGGUGUCCAGGUUGUCAAGGAUGUGAGCCUUUCGGUCCGGGCCGGCGAAAGUGUCGGCAUCGCCGGAGUGUCGGGCAAUGGACAGUCCGAACUGCUGGAGACACUGUCCGGCAUUCGCCGCGCCACAAGCGGAACGCUAAAAAUCCAUGGUGAAAGCAUAGAUCUUGGCACCAGCACACUGGAUGCUGCGGACAUGCGCAAGAAAAACAUGGGCCACGUGCCGGAAGACCGGCACCGUAUGGGCCUGAUCAACAGCUUCACCGAAUACGAGAAUUCCAUUCUUGGUUAUCACCGCGACCCCGCCUAUUCCCGGGGCUUGCUGAUGGACCUGGCGGCGAUCAAGAAAAACGCGGUCGCCGAGAUCGAGAAAUACGAUAUCCGGCCACCCAAUCCGAUGCUCAAGACGGCGAAUUUCUCUGGUGGCAACCAGCAGAAAAUUGUUCUGGCACGGGAGAUAGAGCGGGACCCGGAGGUAUUGUUGAUCGGUCAGCCGACACGCGGUGUCGACAUUGGUGCAAUUGAGUUUAUUCACCGGCGGAUCGUUGAACUGCGCGAUGCAGGCAAGGGCAUUUUGCUUGUUUCGGUUGAACUCGACGAAAUCCGUGCACUGUCGGACAGGGUUCUGGUGAUGUUUGAUGGCAAGAUUGUCGGAGAGCGGGGGAGCAACGCUGAUGAGGGCGAACUCGGCCUGCUCAUGGCAGCUGCCUUUCUGGUAUCCGGACUGGUCGUUAUCCUGAUCGGGGAAAAUCCGCUGGACGCCGUCAAGGUCCUCCUCUGGGGGUCGCUCGGUUAUGCCGAGGGCUUCGGGUUCACGCUGUUUUAUGCGACCAACUUCAUCUUCACCGGCCUUGCCGUCGCGGUCGCCUUUCAUGCAGGUCUGUUCAACAUUGGCGGUGAAGGGCAGGCCUAUGUCGGUGGCCUCGGGGUUGCGUUCGCCUGCCUGGCGCUCGACCAGUACGUACCCUGGUACGUGACAUUGCCAUUCGCGAUCCUUGGAUCGGCUGCGAUGGGAGCAGCCUGGGCUUUCAUUCCGGCCUGGUUGCAGGCCAAGCGCGGCAGCCACGUGGUUAUCACCACCAUCAUGUUCAACUACAUUUCAUUUUCGUUCAUGGUGUACCUGCUGGGCAAUGUCCUGAAGAAGCCGGGCUCCAUGCAGAACGAGACCCGGACUUUUGAAGAUGGCGGCCGGCUGCCGUUUCUGAACGAUGUUUUCCCGUCCUUCGGCUUCGGCUAUGCGCCGGUGAACCUGUCCUUGUUCGUGGCCCUGGCUGCCUGUGUGGCCGUCUGGUUCCUGAUCUGGCGCACGAAACUCGGUUAUGAAAUCAGGUCCUUCGGCGCCAACGCCACGGCUGCCGUCUAUGCCGGGAUUUCACCGGUGCGUAUCAUCGUUGUCACGAUGCUGAUAUCCGGCGGUCUCGCGGGCAUGAUGGCAAUCAACGAAAUCAUGGGCUCGCAACACCGGUUGUUGAUCGAUUUCGUCACCGGUUACGGCUUUGUCGGUAUCGCGGUCGCUCUCAUGGGGCGCGCCCAUCCUGUCGGCAUCAUCCUGGCGGCCGUGCUGUUCGGCAUGCUCUACCAGGGCGGCGCGGAACUCUCGUUUGAAAUGCCGAACAUCACCCGCGACAUGAUCAUCGUCAUCCAGGGUCUUGUCAUUCUGUUUGCAGGGGCGCUUGAACACAUGUUCCGGCCGGCGAUCGUCAGGUUCUUCACGCCCUCCCAGGCCCUUGCUGCGAAGGAGGCGUGA